AAAAGGGGGGGUAAAGGAGACGGAUUCUAGGGGCCCAUGAUGGAGGGGGGCCCAGAGAGGCCCCUAAUGAUGAUGAAAUUAUAAUACAGAAAAAAUAAUGACACUAAGUUAUUAACUAACAUAUAAUCACACAUGUUUUAUUUUCCAUGUCCUGGUAACAAUAUCUUUAUUUGUUUUGGAAGCAUCAACACCUGCAGGGCCCUCCCUUCCCCCCCUCUAUUUACGUAAAAUGGUUCAGUCCGACUGGAUCAGCUGCAGGUAGAGCACCGCGAAUUGUCACAGACAAAGCGGAGGAGACAGCAGUAUGCCUCAAAAAUCAGGCAGCCAAAAAAGAAAGGAAAAUAAAAUAAGAGAGGAGAAGGAGAUGAAGGGUCGACAAUAUGUCACCCAAUAUUUCCAAAAAAAGCUUGGUGCGUGUAAAAGCAGAUAUCUCUGUGAAGGAAACCCUUGACCGGCACGCUGCUUAUCACUGGAGAUACUUUGGUGAGGACGAGUGUGACAACAUGGGAUCAUCAACUCUAGGAAAGGAAGCAUCUCUUGAGGCCCUCCUGUAUGAAUGCAUCCAUGCAUUUCAUGACAAUGGAGAGCUAGAGGUUAAUUUGCCUCGGAUGCUACUACUAAUGCACCGCUGGUAUGUUGCAUCUUCUGAACUGGCUGGAAAACUACUGAUGAUGUACCGUGAGUGCAAAGAUGACGACUGCCAGCUAACCAGACUGAAGAUUUGUUAUUUAAUGAGAUACUGGAUAGUGACGUUCCCUGCAGAGUUCAACCUGGAUUUGGGUCUGAUCAGGAUCACAGAGGAGUUCCGAGAAGUGGCUGCAAAGCUCAGCUGUGAGGAGCAUUUUAAACUCAUUGAUAUCUCCACCAUUCCUUCGUACGACUGGAUGCGUAAGGUGACCCAGCGUAAAAAGCAGAUGAAGAAAGGCAAAGCUUCUCUGCUGUUUGACCACCUUAAGCCCAUUGAGCUGGCUGAACACCUGACUUUCCUGGAGUUCAAAUCCUUCAGGAGGAUAUCGUUCCCUGAUUACAAGAGCUAUGUGGUCCAUGGCUGCCUGGUGGACAACCCAACACUGGAACGUUCCAUUGCUCUGUUCAACGGCGUUUCACAGUGGGUUCAACUUAUGGUCCUGAGCAAGCUAACACCUCCAACCAGAGCAGAAGUCAUCACUAAAUACAUUCAUGUGGCUCAGAAACUUCGGCAGCUGCAGAACUUCAACACUUUAAUGGCGGUGGUAGGAGGGCUGAGCCACAGCUCAAUUUCUCGACUGAAGGAGACUCAGUCUCAUCUCUCUGCAGACGUGGUGAAGAUGUGGCGCGAGAUGACAGAACUGGUGUCAUACAACAACAACUAUUCCUGCUACCGCAAGGCCUUCAGCGAAUGCCAUGGCUUUAAGAUCCCAAUCCUGGGCGUGCACCUAAAGGACCUCAUCGCUGUGCAUGUGGUGUUUCCUGACUGGGCGGAGGACAGCAAUAAGGUGAACCUGGUGAAGAUGCAACAGCUCUACGUGACUUUUAACGAGCUGGUGUCUUUGCAAAGCGCAGUGGCCCAAGUGGAGCCCAACAUGGACCUCAUCUACCUGUUAACGCUUUCUUUAGACCUUUACUACACAGAAGACGAGAUUUAUGAGUUGUCGUUGCUAAGAGAACCACGGAACCCCAAAUCACUGCCAACCUCUCCAACAACUCCCAACAAGAACCUUGUGCCCUUGGACUGGGCCUUGGGUGUCACGACCAAACCAGACCCCUCCCUUGUCAAUAAACACAUCAGGAAGGUGGUUGAUUCUGUCUUCAGGAAUUAUGACCCCGACCACGAUGGGUAUAUUUCUCAAGAGGACUUUGAGAACGUUGCUGCUAACUUUCCCUUCCUGGACUCCUUCUGCGUCUUUGACCAAGAUCAAGAUGGACUGAUCAGUAAAGAUGAAAUGAUUGCUUAUUUCCUUCGAGCGAACCCGUUGCUGCAGAGUAAAAUGGGUCCAGGAUUCGUCCAUAACUUCCAGGAGAUUACAUUUCUGAAACCAACCUUCUGUGAACAUUGCACUGGAUUUCUCUGGGGGCUCCUCAAACAAGGCUACAAGUGCAAAGACUGUGGCGUCAACUGCCAUAAACAGUGCAGGGAGCUACUAGUUCUGGCUUGCAGGAAGCUGCUGCGUUCUGGUUUUUUGGGAUGUGUGACCCCUGACAGACAGACACACAGUUCACUGCCCAGCAGCCCCUUGCUGCACACCGAUACCGACAAGGACGAUGUGUUCGAGUUCCCUGGUGUCACAUCAGCAAGUCCGACUGAGGGUACCAAAAGCAUCACCCUGAUGACCAGCUCGGCCCAGAGGAUCUCCGUUCGUCUGCAGAGGGCCACCAUCAGCCAAGCCACUCAGACUGAACCUGUGUGGUCUGAACACGGUUGGGGGGCCACCAACGUUGGCUCCCACACCUUUCCCAAAACGAAACACCGGACUCCCAGAGAGAACUACAAAAACAAAACUUUUGCCUUGUGGGAAAACCUGGAAGACAAGAAGCGGCGGACAGUUUUGGUACAAUGCAGCGGCCACUCUCAGAAUACGACUGGUGGAGAGAUCACAGAUCGCAGGAUCACACGAAGAGGAAAGGACAGCUGACUUGGUAGCAGAGGUGAACGCCACUCUGAGGGGUCCAGAAAGCCACUAUCGACUUCGACCAAGAAGUUCUUCUGUCUGGGAAGGUGCUGGGCUGUUUGAGCAACACAGAACUAUGUCGACUAGACCACGUCUGCUUAGGGCAACGACAUGCGCUUUGGUAAACUAAAGUGGAAUAGGAUACACACGGUAUUUCUGACCUGAGAACCGGAGGAAGAUGGAUCUGAUUGGGAGUUACCUUCACAACAAUGUCAACAUUAUGAAAUAGUGUGUCGUUACCUCACUUUUGGAUGACAUAUUUGCGUAUGAAAUAAACACGGGAAAACGUGUGAAUGCUGAAAAGGUUAAGCUGAACUGAAAUGCUAACGGUUAGCAUGCGUCAAGUAUGAGAAGAUGAGACUGAGGUGAAAGUUAGCUAAAAACGCUAGCACGUUGCUAAUGUUAGCAGAUACAGUUAGCAUGUUAAUAGUUAAAAGGACUUUUGUCUGCUAAUUUAGCUAUAAAAAAAAGUUGGAAUGUAGCUAACAUUAGCAGAACAUGCUACCGUUAGCAUGCAUUAAGUAGAAAAAUAUAUGACACUGAGGUGUUUACCAGCAAAUUUAGCUAAAGGAAAGUUAGCAUUCUAGCUUUUUGCAUUGGACUAACAUUAGCAUAGAGCAUUUUGAUUUUGGAAUGAUUCAAAUUGGUUGAGAACUGUGGAAGCAUGUAAGUACUUUUAAAAGAGAAUAACUUAACGAUUGAUUGAUACAACCAUAGACCGAUUUAUAUUGCUAAAUUUGAAGUAUAUCGAUCUGUACUCUGCAAGUUUGCCUUCCGCAAGAUAGGUAUCGAUCCAAUACCGUUUUAAAAGGGAAUUGAUCCAUUUAUCGAUACUCGAAAAAGGAAAACAUUUGAUUUAAGAAUGGCAGACUUUAUAUGAAGUUUAGCACUCUAAAAAAUAAGGACGCACCGUAUUUUUCGAAGUAUAAGUCGCUCCGGAGUAUAAGUCGCACCGGCCGAAAAUGCAUAAUAAAGAAGGAAAAAAACAUUUAUAAGUCGCAUUUUUGGGGGAAAUUUAUUUGAUAAAACCCAACACCAAGAAUAGACAUUUGAAAGGCAAUUUAAAAUAAAUAAAGAAUAGUGAAGAACGGGCUGAAUAAGUGUACGUUAUAUGACGCAUAAAUAACCAACUGAGAACGUGCCUGGUAUGUUAACGUAACAUAUUAUGGUAGGAGUCAUUCAAAGAACUAUAACAUAUAGAACAUGCUAUACGUUUACCAAACAAUCUCACUCCUAAUCGCUAAAUCCCAUGAAAUCUUAUACGUCUAGUCUCUUACGUGAAUGAGCUAAAUAAUAUUAUUUUAUAUUUUACGGUAAUGUGUUAAUAAUUUCACACAUAAGUCGCUACUGAGUAUAAGUCGCACUAUGAAAAAAACUGCGAUUUAUAGUCCGAAAAAUACGGUAAACGUUAAGUCUAUUUACCCGUCUGUAACGUUCAUCAAAACAAAAAUGGCAGAUAGCCACGGUGGUCGAGAACGGUCAUAAUAAACGCCACAAGAUCACAUUAAUUACGACAUAAAAACCUUCACCUACAACAAAAGCCACAACGACUACAAAUGACACAACACAAUAAUAUAACUUUAAAGGGGAACUGCACUUUUUUCUGAAUGUCGCCUAUCUUUGUUUUUGACGACAUUACAAAUAUUACUGCUGAUGUUAAAUAGCAGACAGCAUCAAUAAAUUAUCUUAGAUUGCGCUACGCACAUGACGCUACUACCAAGAAUGUAUCGGGGUGGAUGCAGGUCCGAAGCAAAGAAAGACCAAAGGAAGAGUUUUUUCAGAGGAAUUUUCGGAAGUGGAAAUCAUAAAAACAAAACUUUUGAAUGUCUCGGGGUUAAUUUAAAAGGCUCUGUGGAUUGAUAGGAGUGUUAAAUCCGAAGAACCAUACGUGCCCCAGAUGAAGUUUGCAAUGUUCUGGACUAUCUUGCCAGUUGUGUGGAAUACAGACUUAUUGUUAAUCAGUUGGGAGUGCACAAAUGCAGCGUGAAGAGGUUAGUGUACGCUUUAAUAUUUUGCCUUUAAUAUACCUUCUUUAUAAUCUAACAUCUCAUUCGGGAGUCCAAAUUAAGCCGGCAUUUUACAUUUCUUAAGCUACCUUCUUAAAUAAAUCUCUUGUUUCCUUUUUUCCACCAUCAAUGUACUUCAAACUGUUCUGUUCUUUUAAUUUGUGAAGGAAAUGAACAGUCUUUUGCUAAUGUUUUUAUUGAAUGGUAUUGAGACCGUUGAGACUGGUGCAUGCGUGAUACGAAGGGUCCUCUCCGGCCGCACACACCCCCUCAAGAGAUCUGGUUUCCAAUCCAAUUAUCCAGGUGUGUUAGUCCGACUUUUCAAAAACCGAACAGGAUCAGAUUAAGGCGUUUCCAUGGGCUGUGGGAGGCUUGUUUAGAGCCAAACUAUUUGAGAAAUCGUACUAAAUUAAUGCAUGGACACAUACUGAUAGAUUGCUUGAUUGAUUGAUUGAUUGAGACUUUUAUUAGUAGGUUGCACAGUGAAGUACAUAUUCCGUACAAUUGGUAACACCCGAAUAAGCUUUUCAACUUGUUUAAGUCGGGGUCCACUUAAAUUGAUUCAUGAUACAGAUAUAUACUAUCAGAUAUAUACUAUCAUCAUAAUACAGUCAUCACACAAGAUAAUCACAUUGAAUUAUUUACAUUAUUUACAAUCAGGGGUGUGGAGGGGGGGGGGUAG